UACUGGCUGCCAGACGAGUCAUGGCAGAGGAAAGAGACCAGACGAGAGCCUCCUGGGAGGAACUGCCGCUACCUGAUGAAUAUCCUGAUCCACACAUGGAGGGCGAAGCUGUGGUGGAUGGAGAGGCGGAGGAGGGAAGCACCAAACAGCUAGUAAUAUGCAGCCCGAAGCUUCUGCAGAUGCUAAAGGCAGCAGAGAGCAGGAAGACACCUCAGGGUCAGGACAAAGACGAGGCAGAGGAGUCUGGGACAGGAGGGCUGGUGUCUGAGGCUCUGAAGACUGACAUGCAAAUACAGUUCAAUGAACAAAAGCAAGAAUUCAACAAGCGUCCUGCCAACACUGGUCGUCGCUCUCUGUCUCAUUCCAUCUCACAGUCAUCUACUGAUAGCUUCAGUUCAGUGUGCAGUGACAGCUCCGAGGAUGAGUACUCUCCCAGAGACAAGUCUCAGAGGACCUCCAAAGGCUUCUCUGACUUCUGCAUCAAAAACAUCAAAAAGGCUGAAUUUGGACGCAGAGAAAUAGAAAUCGCACAGCAAGAAAUGCCCGCACUGAUGGCCCUGAGGAAACGAGCAGCUGGGGAGAAACCUCUGGCUGGAGCCAAAGUGGCAGGCUGCACACACAUCACUGCACAGACAGCGGUGUUGAUUGAGACUCUGUCUGCGUUGGGGGCUAAGUGUCGCUGGGCGGCCUGUAACAUCUUCUCCACUCAGAACGCUGUGGCUGCUGCUCUGGCUGAAGGAGGCACCUCUGUGUUUGCAUGGAGAGGAGAGUCAGAGGACGACUUCUGGUGGUGUAUCGACCGAUGUGUCUGUUCUGAAUCCUGGCAGCCCAACAUGAUUCUGGAUGACGGAGGCGACCUGACCCACUGGAUCUAUAAGAAGUACCCGAGCUUGUUCAAGAGAAUCAAAGGCAUCGUGGAGGAGAGCGUCACAGGCAUCUUCCGGCUGUACCAGCUGUCAAAGGCAGGAAAACUGAGUGUGCCGGCCAUGAACGUUAAUGACUCAGUGACCAAGCAGAAGUUUGACAACCUUUACUGCUGCAAGGAGUCAAUACUGGACGGGUUGAAGAGAACCACUGACGUCAUGUUUGGAGGAAAACAGGUGGCGGUGUGUGGAUAUGGGGAGGUUGGCAAAGGUUGCUGUGCUGCCCUGAAAGCUUUAGGUGCUGUCGUCUACGUCACAGAAGUGGAUCCCAUUUGUGCCCUUCAGGCCUGCAUGGAUGGCUUCAGAGUGAUUAAACUGAGUGAAGUGGUCAGACAGGUAGACAUGGUCAUCACCUGCACAGGCAAUAAAAACGUGGUGGGGAGGGAACACCUGGAGAGAACCAAGAACGGCUGCAUCGUCUGCAACAUGGGACACUCCAGCACUGAGAUAGAUUUGACGAGUCUGCGGACUGCAGAGAUGAGGUGGGAGCGUGUGAGGCCUCAGGUGGACCAUGUUAUCUGGCCUGAUGGCAAGAGAAUCGUCCUGCUGGCUGAGGGUCGUCUGCUGAAUCUGAGCUGCUCCACAGUGCCGUCAUUUGUCCUCUCCAUCACCGCUACAACUCAGGCUCUGGCUCUCAUCGAGCUGUACAGCGCUCCAGAAGGUCGAUACAAACAGGACGUCUACCUGCUGCCAAAGAAGAUGGAUGAAUAUGUGGCCAGUCUUCACCUGCAGUCGUUUGACGCUCACCUCACAGAGCUGAAUGAAGACCAGGCCAAGUACCUGGGCAUCAGCAAGCAUGGACCCUUCAAACCCAGCUACUACAGGUAUUAACCCUCUGGACACAAAGCUGAGAAACAAGCUCUUCAUAUGUCACAGUCUUGUAGACAGAGCACCGGCUCCCUCUACAGUCUCAAUCUCACCAGGCUCAGUACUAUGGAGAGACGGAGGACUUUAAUCUUCUACAUUUAUUCUCUGAUUUUUCUGUUUAUGUUUCUGUUUUAUCUGUUUCACUGUUCCUGGUUAUAAUUGUUCACACUAUCCAGAAUGUAAUCACUGUGUUAUCUGAAACUAAAAGACCUAAAACACAAAAUGCUGAUUAUUUAUUCUUCUGCUUGACAUAAUAACAACAACAGUAUUUAUUAACUGGAGCAGCGAUCAAUAACACAUAUCUAACCAAACACAUGUGGACUGUAAGCUGAAACUGAAUAUCUGCUGAAAUGUAUUUAUACAUAUGAACUUGUUUUAUGCCUCAUGAUGGCCUAUCAUUCUGAUUCAUAUUUAACAUCACCACAUUCACCCGAUCUUUAUAUUAACCUUAAAUGAAGCCUCAGACAGUGUAUCAACAAUCUAUUUAAAUUUUGAACAGCUGUACGUGCCAGUCAAUCAAUCUUAAGAUAUUAUAAUAAAAAGAACAGAUUUGCUCA